GGGGGACACUCGGCCUGUCGUCUAAGGGCUCCCGGGCUCCCGGGCCCCGCGCUCAUGGACCGGUGGGGACGGGUGGACCCUGGGCAGCCUCCUGUCACCUGCGGAGCUGCCGGAGCGAGAGAUCUAGGGGAAGGUUGAAGUGUCCGCUGCCCGCGCGUUUUCUUCACUCCGGCUGCUGUGUGAGAAAUCUGCUGUGGGUGUUCUUGGGCCCUUGCAUCACCGAUGCAAAAGGCCCGUGCUGGUACUUCAGAAUGAAGCCCUCUACCCACAGCGGCGCUCCUAUACCAGUGAGGAUGAAGCCUGGAAGUCGUUCCUGGAAAACCCUCUCACUGCGGCAACCAAAGCGAUGAUGAGCAUCAACGGAGACGAAGACAGCGCGGCUGCGCUGGGCCUGCUCUAUGACUACUACAAGGUCCCCAGAGAGCGCCGGUCAUCAGCCGUAAAGCCCGAGGGAGAGCACCCAGAGCCAGAGCACAGCAAAAGAAACAGCAUACCAAAUGUGACGGAGCAGCCCCUCAUUUCUGCUGGAGAAAACAGGGUGCAAGUGCUGAAAAACGUGCCCUUCAACAUCGUCCUCCCCCAUAGCAACCAGCUGGGCAUUGAUAAGAGAGGCCAUCUGACAGCUCCCGAUACAACAGUCACUGUCUCCAUAGCAACCAUGCCUACCCACUCCAUCAAGACAGAAAUCCAGCCGCACGGCUUUGCUGUGGGAAUCCCACCAGCCGUGUACCACUCUGAGCCCACCGAACGUGUGGUGGUUUUUGACCGGAGCCUCAGCACUGAUCAGUUCAGCUCUGGCACUCAGCCCCCCAAUGCUCAGCGGAGGACUCCAGACUCCACCUUCUCCGAGACCUUCAAGGAGGGCGUUCAGGAGGUUUUCUUCCCCUCGGAACUCAGCCUUCGGAUGCCGGGCAUGAAUUCAGAGGACUAUGUCUUUGACAAUGUUUCUGGGAACAACUUUGAGUAUACCCUGGAAGCCUCCAAGUCACUGCGGCAGAAGCAAGGGGACAGCACUAUGACAUACCUGAAUAAAGGCCAGUUCUAUCCUGUCACCUUAAAGGAAGGAAGCAGCAAUGAAGGGAUUCACCACCCUAUCAGCAAAGUUCGAAGUGUGAUCAUGGUGGUUUUUGCUGAAGACAAAAGCAGAGAAGACCAGCUGAGACACUGGAAGUACUGGCACUCCCGUCAGCACACGGCCAAACAGAGGUGCAUUGACAUUGCUGACUACAAAGAAAGCUUCAACACUAUCAGCAACAUUGAGGAGAUAGCUUAUAACGCCAUUUCCUUCACGUGGGACAUCAAUGAUGAGGCAAAGGUCUUCAUCUCUGUGAACUGCUUGAGCACAGAUUUCUCUUCUCAGAAGGGUGUGAAGGGCUUGCCACUCAACAUUCAAAUCGACACAUACAGCUAUAACAACCGCAGCAACAAGCCGGUUCACCGGGCCUACUGCCAGAUAAAGGUCUUCUGCGACAAGGGAGCUGAAAGGAAAAUUCGGGAUGAAGAACGAAAACAGAGCAAGAGAAAAGUGUCUGACGUUAAAGUGCAGCUGCUUCCCUCGCACAAACGGACAGACAUCACAGUGUUCAAGCCCUUCCUGGACCUCGACACUCAGCCUGUCCUCUUCAUUCCGGACGUGCAUUUUACCAACCUGCAGCGGGGCAGUCAUGUUCUUUCCCUCCCCUCUGAAGAACUGGAAGGUGAAGGCUCUGUCUUGAAAAGAGGGCCAUUCGGAACCGAAGAUGACUUUGGAGUUCCUCCUCCUGCUAAGCUGACUCGGACAGAAGAACCCAAGAGAGUGCUGCUCUAUGUCCGAAAGGAAUCAGAAGAAGUCUUCGACGCCCUGAUGCUCAAGACGCCGUCUUUGAAGGGCCUGAUGGAGGCAAUUUCAGACAAGUAUGAUGUCCCCCAUGACAAGAUUGGGAAAAUAUUUAAGAAGUGCAAAAAAGGGAUCCUCGUGAACAUGGACGACAACAUUGUGAAGCACUACUCCAAUGAGGACACCUUCCAGCUGCAGAUAGAGGAAGCCGGCGGCUCGUACAAGCUCACCCUGACAGAGAUUUAAAGGGGCAGGGGUGGGGGGCGCUCGGCUCCCAGGCGUGGGAAUUCAGUGAAAGUGUUCCAGCUGAGAAGCCCAGGCACCUACCCUGCAGAACCUUAAAUAUCAGGGAAGGAACCUUUCACGUAGGAAAUGGCGCUGUGUAUACCGUGCUGUGUUGAUGUUUUCUUUUGGAUAGAAAUCCAUGUGUUGUUUUGUUGUUGUUGUUUGAAUUUCUGAUGUGCUUAGAAAGCGAAGCAUGAGAACUUUGUACCGGAUCUAAGAGACCAUGGGACCGUUUGGGUUACCUGCUCCACUACCUGUCAAAGUCUGCCUGUGUCCAUAAGAGUGGUGGGCUACUGGCUGGCGAGAGAGGGGAAGGCAGUAGCUUGUCUUUGAGGCUUUUGUGUUCUCGCCUGACCUCAGUCUAACUCUGACUGCCUUGAGGAGUGGGCCCAGCCCUCAGCAAUAAAGGGCUAAGCCUUCUCCCUCCACCUCUCCUCCAGUGUUUACUAAAUAGGGUGCAUUACUGGAACCUUCCCGUGCAACUUCCUUGGACAUGUGGACUGCCUUUCUGAUGAAGAACUUGCGUGAGUGACAGUGUGAAGUUAGCUCUGUUAAAGCUGCGUUGUAUAUAAGUGCAAUAUCUUUUUGAAGGUCUGCCUGUAAAUGUGUACAUAUAUGUCUGAUAUAAAUAUAUAAUAUAUAAAUGCGGUAUCUGUGUACAGAUAGUGAAGGUGAGCAGGAAGAUCUACCUUGAAAUCCCUCUUAGAGAAGAGGUUAAGUUAUUAUUGAUAAUGUGGACCAAGCAGGUAGAACGCUGUUUUCCCAAAAACAAGCAAGUGUUCCCUAGCAUAGCAAAAAGCCAUCUCGUGUGGCAGAGCCAUCUGCUCUUGCGAAUGUUGUCACCGUGUGGGUUUCUGCACCCUGAGUGGAGCUAAUGGAAGACUGGACUGCAGCUACUAUAUGAGGUGUGUGUGCAGGUGUCAGCCAGCUGUGCCCAUGCAGAGACUCAGCCGUUGUCAUGAGCCAGCGAUACAAACCAAAAUGGGCCGAUUCUACAAGGCCAUGUUUCAGAGCUUCCAAGCAUCAGCUACCGUGUGUUUGAACUGGAAGGCAUUCAUGAAUUUACAUAACUGUGGCAGGGGAAUGUUUUGUGCACACUUAAAUAUUUAAGAACAAAACGAAACUUUACAAUGUAAUUUUAUAAUGAAUCCUGUAACAGAAAUACAAUUGCGGGUUUCUUUAGGUUCAGGGAACUAGAAUAGGUCAUUUGUAUGAGUAGGAUUGUUAGCGGUAUACGUAGGUUAAAAAGUACUCUAAUGAAGUAUGUGAACAAAAUAGCUGGUUUUCUAAGAUACGGGAUACGGGUCAUAUAACAAUAUUUUCUAUUUUGUUUUAUGAAAUCAGCUUUACUUGUUUUAAUUGUAUCAUUGAACAUGUGUUUUAAACCAAAGGGAUUGAAUUUUAUAUGUCUAUUUCACAA